ACAAUGACGUGUCCAGAAAGUGUCAAACAGAAGGAUGUAAAAAUGAUCGAAAACUACCCAGACAAAGUUACAGAGAUAUUACUUAGUCGCCCGAAGCUGCAGUUUGGAUAAUUUCUCCGCUGGAAUACCCUUAAGGUUUAGUUUUUUUUUUAGGACUAACAACUCGUCUUUGUCUGAGCAACGGAAAAUCGGUUUAACUCACUUUUGUACCCGCGUCAUUGACCGUCGAGCUAACUUAGUUAGCGACGCUUGUGCUAACCAGAGUCGAGUCUGCGGAGACUUCAGAAAUGAUAACCGGCUCUCACUGACAUGUAGCUCAUGUCAACCUGGAAGCGUUAAUCUUAAUUAGACCAUUAGGUUAGUUUUCUUCUCCUCUCAUCUCUUAUUAACUUAAGUAGCUUUCCGCCCGGUCUCCAGCCGGGUAGCUGGCAGCAGGAGAACAAGAUACCCGAAGGAGAGGACGAUGUCUCGGCGGCGGCUAGACAGUCGUAGCGGGCUGUCUGCGGGACUCCUCGGAGAAACACAGACCCCGAUCAGCACCGACCCGCUCGAAAGUGUCUAUGAAAUCACCGGAGAGCUCGGAAGGGGGAAGUUUGCCGUGGUCAAGCGCUGUGUGGAGAAGGCCACGGGGAAGGUGUUUGCCGCCAAGUUCCUGCGGAAGAGGAGGCGAGGCCGUGACUGUCGGGCAGAAGUCAUUCAUGAGAUGGCCGUCCUGGAGACGGCCCGUAACAAUGCCCGAGUGGUCAACCUGCACGCUGCUUAUGAGACGGAUCAUGACAUCGUCUUAGUGCUGGAAUAUGCUGCAGGUGGAGAGAUAUUUGACCACUGUGUUUCUGACGAGCUGCUGCCGGAGGCCCAGAUCACCCGACUAAUCAGACAAACACUGGAGGGAGUCCACUACCUCCACCAGAGCAACCUGGUGCACUUAGACCUGAAGCCGCAGAAUAUUCUCCUGACCAGCCUGUCCCCUCCAGGAGACAUAAAGAUCGUAGACUUUGGCCUGUCACGCAGACUGGGCGCGGUCGGAGAGCUCCGAGAGAUUCUUGGCACGCCUGAGUAUGUGGCUCCAGAGAUCCUAAAUUAUGAGCCGAUCACAACAGCGACUGACCUAUGGAGUGUGGGUGUCAUAGCCUACAUGCUGGUGACGGGUGAGUCUCCAUUCGCUGGGGACGACAAGCAGGAGACGUAUCUGAACGUGUCCCAGGUCAGUGUGGACUACAGCUGCGAGGCCCUCUCCAGGGUGUCCGAACUGGCCGUGGACUUCAUCCGUAAGCUGCUGGUCAAAUCCCCAGAGGACCGGCCCAGCGCUGCAGAGUGUAUGAGCCACCCCUGGCUGUGGCAGCAGCAGUUCUGCCUGAGCCCCGAGCUCGCCACCACCCGGUCUGUCAGGGAGAGAAGCUGUGGCACAAAGUGGGGCGCCCCGCCCGAAGACCCUGAAGACAAGGAGAACUUCCUAGAGUCGCCCCACUCUCACGCAAAAAGGUUCCGCUCGGAUGAGGAGACGCCCGCCGCUGGAGACGGUGACUUUUGAACCAUUCCUGUAACGAUGGGGUGAGGGGAGCAUCUCUCCCGCUGAGCUUUUAAAUAGUUUUAAACUUCCAGAAUACCAGCUGCCCAACACUCAGAAGUACUUACUUAUUUACCUUACCCCAACAUCGUCCACUCAGACCAAAGAUAACCAGAUAAAUAUUGAGAUCUAUCGCUGUUAAAGUGUGUAAAAAUUGUACAGCACAUCUCAGCUAAUGCAGCGUGUGUAACUUUAAGUAUUUAAUACCUUUCAUUGUUUCAUUCUCUGGUAUUUUUCUUUGUGUUUAGUCGUACUGAUGAAGGCUUGUGUUGAGUAAUUCUAGGGAAAUCUAUGCAAUACUUCUCUUGUGCGUUUUAAAUGUUUUCUCUGUUUUCUCUGUUUUCUUUUCUAACUUCUUAGCACUCUGCCUUAAAGUCGCAGGUGAAGUGUUCUCAGUCAGCAGCACGGCUUGCUGCGUAGCUGCUGCACCUGUUCUUCAGCAGAAAUAAGAUACGCAGACUUUUAUCACCGAGGAGGGAAUUCUUUUUCACAGUCAUAAGUUCGACUUCUAUAGAAGAGACAAGUGCCACUGCAAUGAGGAAGUGUGAUAGUGUGCUCAUUUACAUGUUAGAAUGUAUGUUAGAGAAUAAGGGACGGUGCACGCUGUUGUCUCCUCACAGCUCUGUGUCUGAACUACCUGAAACACUGCUGAAAUUCAUGUUGAAAAGAAGCCAGCAGAGGGGCUGAAUAACACAAGAAUAUAACAUUCCUUUUAUGUUUGCAUUCCCUCAAAGUCUUUCAUAUUCUCCGUGUCUGCAGCAGCAUGAGGAGUUUAACCUGAGCUCAGCAUGAAAAUCACUUCAAUAACCCCUUGCAGAGCUUCCUACUGAACAGCUGUGCCUUCCACAUUUGGAAGGACGCUUGUAUUCAGGUUAUUAAACAUGUUCUUGAGUAAUGUGAUGAAUUCCUUAUUUUCAAUUCCAGGCCCUACUUUUUUACAGAUGUUGGCCUCAGAAUAACUCGUCUGUACAAAGUGUCUUCAGAGCGACCACACUCCAUUGACAAAAGCGGUCAUUUCUACCCUGAGGAACACAGGAGUUUAUAUUCUACCACUGCCUUUGUUUGUGUUAAGUGACUCAGGUGAUAUAAAUGGUUAAUUCUGAGUCAACACAAUAUUUGAAUAUCUUAUGAUGACACAAAAAUCCCCUCACUGACCUCGUCAGCUGAGUACUUUGUGAUCCUGUGAUCUGCAAAGUUAAAGGACUGUUUUUGUCAGUGGAGACUGGUGACUUUAGGAGAGCAAUGAAAAGGGGGUUUCUUGUAAAAAAAAUGGUGUUGUUCCCCCACCCUGAAUGAGCUUGGUAUUAGUCAACUACUAGAGUCAUUUCCAUUUUUGUACCUAUAAGUCAUUAAGACCUUAAAAGAUAUGAGUAAAGGGCCUAGGUUUGAAAAUACCAGAAUAACCCUUUAACUGAGAGGUUUUUUUCCUGAGCAUGGUAUUCAUGGCAUUCCAGUUUAUCCCUCCAUAGUGUGAUAGAAACUUAAAACUGUAAUGUCUCAACAAACCUGUGACUCAUGCAGUCUUUCACAUGCCACACCCGCAUGUACUCAAAGGAUUUCCUCACAUAGCUCUAAGUUCUCCUUUGUCAGCGGUCAGCAGUGAAACACAACUCUAGCACUUACUUCACGUAUAGAGCUGAUAAGCAAACACACCAGCUAUUUAUGAAAGUCUGUUAGUUUGUGAGUCCCUGAGAGGUUCUCUGUGUUGUUCAGUCCCUCACCAAAGCCAUGCAGAGUGUGCUCAUGAAAACGCUGCUCUGUUCUCCCGGGCUCAGGCUGCCUGAAGUCUCGUACUCCUGUCGACCUCUCCUCAGGGCGUGCUGCUUCUCUCUCUCUCUCUCUCUGUCUCUCUCUCUCUGCUCACUGUGUUCUGUAUUCUUAUAGGCCUGUUAUUAUUUAUAUGCUGGACUUAUACUUUAUAUUUGUAUAUAUAUUACGCUCUUGUGUCUUAUGAGGAAGUGUUGAGAUCAUGGUGGGAGAAUGAGGAUGAUCAUGCUGUUAUUUAAAAACAAGAAAACUACCAGGGUUGUAGUGAAUUCAGUAAUCAUUUAAAAAAAACUGUUAAGAAUUGGAAGGUGAAAGCAACGCUUAGAUUGAAGGUGGUACUGGGAGGUGAAGAAAAUGUGGAAAUGGAUGAGGAGUCAGAUGGUUUGAAUAAAGGAAGGAGGAGGAGGAAGAUUAAAACCCGAUGAAGGAGUUAGGAUGUGUUCAAAGGAAGUAUUGAGAGGAAUAGUUCAACAUUUUUUUCAAAUGUCAAACUAAUCCUUUGAAAGGGGAUUCUAUAUUUCUUUUAGACUGGGUCCAAUUUGUUUUGACAUAUUUUGGGGUCUAAAGGCAUAUAGGUACAAAAAUUGUCUCAUUGUUCCAGGAGGUUUCUUAAGGCAGAAGCCGAUACACAGACGAUAACGUCUUCAAUAUAAACCUGGGAGAAGAAUUAGACCAAUCCAAUUAUUAAACUAAAGGGCACCUUUCUUUCACAGAUGGGUUAAGAUUUCCUUUUUCAGUGAGUGUCAGUAGUCAUUUAGACCCCCAAAUAUUUAUAGAAAUGGAUCCUGCUGUCAAAAUACUGGAAUUCCUCUUUAAGUUGUUGUUGGUUGUAAAGACAUGUUGGUAUGAAAAGGCUUUCAGGCUGAUGAGGAAGUAGGAAGGGUGCAGUUUAAGAAAGAGAUGAAGCGUGACCGGAUCAGUGUAUAAUGUGAAAUAUGAGGUGCUAAUCAGUCUUUUGUUGUCGUAAAAAAAAAAAAAACACCUCACCUCUACUAAAAAGCAGCGCUAGCAUCUCUGAUUGCUCUUAAUCUCCAGUGAAACAUUCCUCUCUCUGCUCCGAGGUGCCAAGCACAAUGAGACCACAUUGUGUGUUUUUGUUUGUUGUUGUCACCAGCUGGUACAACGGCCUUUGUGUGGGGGAGAUGGGCGUCUCCAGCCACGGCCAUGCUCUCACCCGUAUGCUGUCAUCCUUCAAAACUGGAACACCACACUGUAAAAAACAAAAAAAAAAGUUCAUCUCCGAGGAUCUCAUAGGGCCUGUAGUAAGAAUGUUUUCUAGGCUGGCUCCAGAGUGUAAUUUAUCUCUUCCGCUACUGUGUAAGAAAAUAAGCUUGAAACUUACUUCAUCUCAUUUAUUUUCAGUUGGUCUCUUGUAUUGAAAUGAUCUAAAUCCAGACUGUAAUAGUGCAACUUGAUACAGGAAGUGCACAUUUCUCAAGCUCCUUAUUGACACAUUGUGUUUCCUGUUGCUGCAUCGCCUGCAAAAACAAGAUGUCAGCGUUGAUAGUCACUUCACCUCAAUAGAAGACGGACUUGUUUUGCAGUGCAGUGAUGUCAGGGAUCUCACUUUGCAGGAUGACGAAAUGCACCAAGGAUUGGGGACAAAGUGCUGGCAUUGUCCACCUCUGUCACUUGAACAUGACUUAUGCUGUGGUGUCAAUUUUGUUAUUUUGUUCAGCUAUUGUACUGUUAUUUUCAGCAGCUAGUCACUCGGUGACCUCUCUGUGCGUGUGCACGUGUUCAGUUGCUCUUCGUCUGACACUCGGGCGACCAUCCUCUAGAAGUGAAGCAGCAGCUAACAUUCCUGUCUGUUCUCUGUGACCACAGCGAGACUGAAGGAAACUGUAGAUCAGAGUCGAAUCAGACACAAGCACAAGCAAAUAAAUGUUCAAGAGAUGUUUGUUUAUUUUGCAUUUUAUAUUUUUUUUAAUGUAUGAGCAUUCUGAUUGCAUCUGAAAUGACUUAAAAAGACUUAUUGUAUUCUGAUCAACUGCAGGCUAAUAUAUAAGCAUCACAAAGCAAACUGAAAAAGCUCAUUAAAGGUUGUAGAAAUAUCUCA